ACCGAUUUUGAUGGUAAUACGAAUUUACGAAUAUUACUAGUGACAGGUAUCGUAAGUCAGGCAGGAACCGUAUUCCGAAAUCAGUGAAAUUGUCAGACUGCCGGAUUAUAGCUAUAAUGUGAGGAGAAUUCAACGUCAAAUUUUGUAUAGUAUAUUGUACUUAAAUGGGAUGGACACAAUGUUAGAGACUGCAACACUUUGGACGCUGUUUGAUCACUCAACACGAGAGCCUUUGAAAAGUGACCUCUGAGAAAUGCCUUCAGGAUGUUGUCAGAACGAAUGCAGAAAAAUAAUUCCUUAAGUGAACUGUAUUGGAAUUUAAUACCUGGAGCAGCAUGCUGGGACUAGAAUUCACUUUGACACUGGCAUCAGGAAUUGGAGAUACUGUACAUCAUGGCUGAAAUAAAAAGUUAUAUUCAAAAGUUAGUGCACCCAAUUGUUGAGAUCCGAGAACGAACACUCAACACUUUGCUUCAGAAAUUAGAAUUUGGUAUUUUGAAUGUAAAUCAUCUUGUUGAGCAUCAAGAAUUUUUGGGAAAUGUCCUUCACCUCUUGAACCUAGGUCCUCAUACCCUCAGGAAGCCAGUUCUUAAACUGCUGCAGUAUGUUUUUGAGGAUGAGUCGACAAGAAGUAGAUUUGAUGCUCUCGGAGGGACGCUGUAUCUUCAGAGUCUGAAACUUGUUUCUCCUCUUGAUUUGAUAUCUGAUAUCAAUGUUCUUCUGCAGAACCUUCAUCAUACUCCCUCGUUACAAAACAUAAAAGGUCAGUUGGUCUCACCCAUAAAUGAAGAUGCCAUUUCAAAGGAAAGCAGUGACUUUACGGAAAUUGAGAGCAACUCCUUGGUAGCAUCCUCCUCUGAUGUGGAAGGAUAUGUUCAGCUAUUGGUUUCAGGAGCAUUCAGCACAGGCAGUAGCAGUAUAGAUGAUUCUUGUGUAUGUGGAAUGAAUGAAAAGGAAGAUGUGACCAUUACUAGUGAUUCUCCCAUAACAUUUUCUACAUUCCCAUGGCAGGCACUGACAAAUAGUGAUCGUCGCAUCUUGGAGUCAACAGCACAGUCUUUGAUGAGUCAUGAUGAGUCCAUUGUUGUGUCAUCUCUUCAUUUUCUGGACACAGUUGUACUUAAGGAUUUCCCUGCUGAAAUUUUGCUUCAGAGACCUGCAAUUGUACAGGCAGUGUAUGGUUGUGUUGAAGAAAUUGGUGAAACAGCAUGGCGUGUUCAGGGUCCAGCAUGUGCAUGUUUGUUAACCUUAACACAGUUGCUCAACGAUCGGGUUUCCCACUUCAAAGACCCUCAUUUGUCCCCCGCUGGACAACAGACUGUCACUCCCACCUCAUCAGGGAUUGCAACUCCAAGCACAGACAUAACAAGAGGAAGUUGCUGUUCCCCUGACAGUAGCCUAAUGGGGAAUGAUAGUCAUAAUAAUGUACGACGCCUUGGAGAUGGACAGGAUAGAAGUGGAUCGAUUGCUGGUUUGGGAAAUGAAUUGUCAUCAACCUCAGUUCACGAGGAUGAUGAUGGUGAUGAGUUUAUUCUCUUGGGUAUGCAUCAGCUGACUUUGAGUGGUCACUGUAGUCAUGUUCUGAGAGUUGCAAGUCCCCUACUAGUGGCCAAGAGACCAUCUCUGCAGAGCAUUAGUUUGAGGCUACUAUUAUCAUGUGUGGAUUUACUACAGCAAUGCAUUCAUGCGAAGACACUGUGGCAUUACCAGGAGGAAGAAAUUGUUACUGAGGUGACUACAUCAAUAAAAAUGACUAUCCAGAGGUUAGCAGCUCUUUUAAUUCUGAAUUACCAAGCACGAAAAAAGUAUGGUGAUAAUGGUAAGCUUGAAGACACAGUCCUGAAUAAUGAAUGCACUCUGUUGUUUCUGUGCAGAAUUCUGAAUUUGUUUGUUCCUUUGGACGCUUUUAAGCAGAUUGUUGAUAAAGAGAUAGUAGCAAGUCUUAUUUUGGUUUUAUGUGACGGUGGUUUCUAUUUGGGAUACCGAACUCAUUACAGCCUACUUCUUCAGUACUUGAGUCAAGUAUUACCAGAUAUGACAACUCAGGUGAAUAGCAUCUUGUUUGCAGCAAAAGCCCUGGAAGCUACUGCUACUUUCUUAAGCACUUCGUCUUCAGAUUUGGAAGAGUUUCUUACGUAUGCUGAAGCUGCAGUAGAAGUUGCCAGCAUUCAUCAAAGCUCAGUUUUUGUAGAAAAACUUGUCAGAGGUUUAGGUAAACAAGUUUCAGUUGGAAAUGUUGACUCUCAUCAACUACAGAGAGCAAGAGACUUGUUGCUAAAAGUCAUUCACUUCCCAGAAGUCUCAGUCAAGUUAGCAGGGUAUACCUCUCUCUUCCAGUUGGUCAAUAGUAGUGUUGGCAUUUCACAGGCUGCUGAUACCUCCCAAAGUCGUUCUUCUAGAAUUAUAAUUCUGCUCUCGCCUUCUGUCAUAAGUUGUUUAGUGUACAGUGGACUUACAGAUGAUGACUCCAAGGUUAUCAGUGCUGCGCAGGAUGUAUUACUUGGCCUAAUGAAGGGGCGAUUACUUAUGAAUUCAUCUGUUUGGUUUGUUGCUGCUGAGUGCUGGAGAUACAGUUUAAUUCACCUGCAGUGCUUGACAGAUACUGUCACUCACCUUGGGCGUUCAAUUAGUUCACUUGUUGGUGAGCUUUAUAAUGAUGGUAAAAUAGAGAAUAUUGAGGUCAUCAAGUACCAUCUUUGUUGUUUAUUUGUCUUGGAUAGAACAACAAGAAUCCAAGCCAUGUCCGAGGUGGUUCAAAGACUUGCCUAUACCACCACAAGUUUCAUCCCACAUCCACACGAGAUUAACCCUGCUAUACACCACGAUAUUUUUGUUCUCAGGCAGCCAGUGCAACUGCUUUUUAGUGGAAAUCUUUCCUCUGAGAGAGGUCGACUCCUGAAGGUUGUAGAACUAAUUCAGGGUGUUGGAGUAGAAAAUGCUGUUCGUAAAGCAGCGUGGUCUCAAUUGGCAUUCCUUCUGGGAGAUCCUCAACUUCACAAGCCUUUCCUUCAGCUCUUUUCAAUUCAGUAUCUAAUUCUUAAUUUCAUUGGUAUGCUGAAGCAGGAUGGAUCAAUGAAUGUUACAGUUGACUUCGUACCUGGAGCCUUGGGAGUCUUGUGCUUAUUGGCAACACAUUCCUCCAGCAUCAGGACAAUAUUAUCUGAUGAUGAGGAAUUUCUUUUGUGCCUUGUUAGAGCUGGUUUUGUGUUUUACGUUGACGAACAUACAAGGAGCCAGGCAUCGUGUCUGAUGGCACUCUUGUUGCUGAAUGAUGUUAUCGUCUUUUCUACAUGUGAUAGAGCUGAAUGUGGAACAGUUGCAGUGGGAGGAAAAAAUUUCAUAUCUGUCCCAGAAUUGUUAAUUUCAAAGGUUCACUUACCAUUUAUCUGUGAUACUUAUACUUGGUUUGAUAAGGGUGGUUUGUGUGAAGAAAUGAGGACUGUUCAUCAAAUACUGCAAGAAGAAGACUGGGAAGUCAUGCAAUUCUUCAGAGUUGUGUGGGCUUCCACUUGUCGAGGAGGCCUUGAAAAUAUUAGCAAUGAAAGUGCUAAGUGUGAUAGUUUUGCUGUAAAACUGAACCUCAGCAAUAAAGAAAUCUCCAUAAUUAGGUUGUAUGUGUUGCAGAACGUCUUAGAGAAAUUCCUCCUCAAUAUUGAGAAUGGAACAACUCAUCAUGAUGUGAAGAAUAACUCAAAUUGUCUGAGUUUUCAUAUGUUACAGUUUCGAAUGAAUUCUUUGGAAAAUAAAGAUAUCAUAUUCACAAACCAUUGGACUCAGGGCCUUUGUCGUUUCCUCACUUGUCAGCCCAAUUCUUCUGUUGAUGAACAGCUGUUGACCCAUAUUUUGAAUAUGAUUUAUGUGAUUCUACUGUGCCAGAGAAACAAAGGUCAGAGCCAAGGUGACAAAGAGAAAGGUUUUCCAUUACUUGAGUUCUUGGUGGGACAGUUUACAAGAUUAGAUUCUGCUUUACAUGACACAUUGAAAACAACAGGUUCAGUCACCUGGGUUGCCAGUGAUCCCAAUCCAAGAGCACUCUUGUCUGUGCGACUUUUCCGCAUCAUUACAAAUCUGAUUGGUUUAAUUGCCCAAUUAGUUAAAGAGUCUAAUGUAACAAGAGAUUUUGGGACCAAUAAUUCCACCAACCAUUUGACAGCAAAUGUAGUUCUGGGCCUUCUUCCAGUUCUGAAGCCAAAUGAUGAAAAUGAGCCGCAGUAUUACAAUUUAGUGGUACUUGGCUGUGCAUUGGAAUGUUUAGCUCAUGUAACAGCUCUCGGUUGGCCAGGUGACAAAAUAGCUAGUCAGCUUGUGUCAUGCUUAACAAGAAUAAUCAAGACUUUCCAUGAAGGACGUGGCAGAGCUCACAACUCAUUUAUGGGAAGGGCAGUUACACUAAGCUCAUCCCUUAUACUGAUACAUUUGCUGUCUCACCCCAGUGGUGACUUGUCUGAGGAAAUAUCCAAAUGGGCAAACAUAGGAGGGUCACCAGAUUGGUCAUGGCUGGUUUCUCUUUGGGUGUAUCGAGACCCAAGCGUGACAAGUGCUGGUUUAACUGUUGCUUCGUCAUUAACAAGCAAGCCAGAAGGCUUGUUCCUCCUUCAUGAAAGUCUCACCCAAGUUUCAGGAGGUGUGUGGGGAGCCGCCUUAAGCUACUUACUGGCAACUGGUCGGAGCUGCUUGGUAAGAAUGUCAGCUGCAGAAUUACUUGUUAAGCUUACAGAAAAAAGGCCAACUGUAAAUGAGCCAUGGUCAUCCCCAAUAGUCACUGAUACAAUGACAGGUGAAUCCAUUUGUGGAGUUCAGGCCCUAAUGGUUUUACUUCAGCACUGCAACUUUUACAAAAUUAUGAGGAUAACAGUGUUUAAGCUUUGCAUCUAUCCUGGGAAGCCAGAGGGAGAGUGCCAUCCAGUAAAACAAGCUGAGUGGGAUUUCUCUACUAGCCAUCUUAGUUCUUUAUGUACUGCAGCUGACGAUGAGCUUGGCAGCAUGGAGAGUCAGAGUGACGAGGAUUGGAGAAAUGGCAAAUCAUCAUCACUUGUUUCUGUUCAGCUGUAUGAAUCAUUGUUGAGGCUGUUCACUAACUUAUUAUUACUCCAACCGUCCCAGGUUAUAGAUCAGUUAUGCUCGCUUGGAAUAAUUCACAUGGUUAUCAAACAACUUCGUUAUAUUAUGCCUCUCAUUAAUGCAUCUGAGAGUUAUUUUCAAGCCAUGGAAACAGCUUUGAUAUUCCUAUGUGCAGUUCUUAAGCAUGAUUCAUCACUUGCCCAUUCUCUUACACGAGACACUAGUCUCGUACAUCUCAUAAUGGCGGUGCUGACCUCUGGUGUUGAUAAACCACAGACCAAAAUUGUUGGUUUUGAAUUGCUAAACGUUCUCACACAUGGAGGUGGACUGUGCGGUACAUCACCAAUAAUUGAAUGGAUCGUAGCGUCUCCCGCACUUACUCUGCGUCCUUUAGUGCUCAGUCUUCACUCGUCCUCACUGCUGAAUCUUCAGAGGGCAGCAGCAAGCUUCUUGAUUAGCCUUAUUUAUUCAGUUUUUCCUGAUGAGAAUUUGCCAGAAAGCACUGCUGAAUUGAGUCUUUCAAAAAUAUUAGAUGUGCCAGUGAUGCUUUUAAAUGACCAGGAUAUUUGCCCUGGUUGGGAAAUCUGCAGACAUCUUAUACAAUUAAUUUGUUUUGUAACAGAUGUUAAUGAAAUUCCUGGUCAGACGCUACUAAAGAAAACUGAACUCUCACCAGUGGAAUUAGAACAUCGAACUCUAUUGCUGGAAUGCUUGAAGUUAACCCUACUAAUUUCCACUAGUGCAAAAGAAGCAGCACAUCAUUACCGCUUGUUUUUUAUGCCGAUUCUUAUAAAACCAUUUACUGAUCUUCAAGUGAAAAUUCAAACUGUAAAUAUUCAUAUUACAACUCAACUUAUGAAAAAGAAGGGACUAAAAGAACUAAUACAAAGAGUGAUCCUGCACUUGGAAUUGGCUACGAACUGGGUGGACGGAAGAGGUCCUUGGGUAGUGACCAUUGGGGAGUCUGUGUUACCCCUUCUUCAUUCACUUUGGGUGCCAAUACUUCGCACACAGUCUUUAUUGACUGCCACUUUAAAGUUCAUCCUUUCUGCUUCAACACAUCAUCAAGUAUGUUUGUUCUUGAAUCGAACAAGUGGCCUGCCUGGUGUACUUCUUAGUGCUUCGAGGACAAGUCAUCCUCUUCUGGCAAAUAUCACGACAGUUGUCUGCCAGCAGUUGUCACGCCAUCAAAAUCUUAGCAGAGGCUCAGUAUUGGGAUUGAAAGAUCUUCCAAGAGAGAGUAUAGAAAUUUCUAUAUUACUGUUAACUAAUUGUUCCAGGUUACAGGAAUGUACUUCUGUGAUGAUCAAGCAUGAUUUAAUGACCUCCAUAAUGAAGUGGCUAGAUAGCAAGUUUGCUUUUGAAGAGGGCAUGUUCAUCACUCUUCCUAUCCUGAAGUUGUUUAUUGUUCUUCUUUCUCAUAAGGAGUCUCAGGUGGCAGUGUGCAAGUUUAACAGAUGGGUUAAUACUUUCCAUGGGCUGCUUCAAUAUAUUUCCUUGCAGAAGGAUGCUUUGACUGCUCUUGCUAAUAUGUCUCAAAACCAUCAUGCAGCACGAUGUAUUCUUGGUUCAGAGGAUUUUGUGAACGAUAUCUUAUCUUUAGUUGGACAGCAUGAGAAUGAAGCCGUGUUGGAGCUUGCAUUGGUGAUCAUUUGGUCUUUAGUUGCAAACAACAAGAGAGGCCAGGCUAUCCUUAAACGUUUUCCCUUCCAACCCGAACUUAAAUAUUUAGUUGAGACGCAUCAUAAACAUGCUCAUCUGUGUGAGACUGUGCUCAAGAUUUUGAAGGGAUAACUUUUGUGAAUACUGUAGAUUAUUUUUACUCAUAUCAAUCCUUGUGUACUUCCCUGUUUUAAAUAAACUUGGUAGUACCUGUAUGUUUGUAAAAUACAUUAUUUAUAUGUACAAAUAAAAUAUAUUUUCUGCAUAUA